AACCCAAUUUCGUUUAUCAACCAGCUAAUUAUUAGAGUCAGGUGCGCUAGAUUAGGGUUGGAGUGAAAACCAACAGGACGGUUGCUCUCCAGGAACAGGGUUGGAUAGUCCUGCUCUAUAUAGUGUACUUCCAUUGACCAGGGUCCAUAGGAGUCUAUGGAGGUUUUUUGUUGUUCUAUCUUAUGUUAUUUUUAGUGCUACGCUGAUUUUGAUUACUGGAUUGUUGGGUUUGGAGCUUUGCUGAAAGGCAUUUAAAGUUUCCACACCAAACAUAGCGACUAACAAAGCCAUCAGAAAAACAUGAUUAUUGCACAGGUGUGAAUGUAGGUGCGUCAGUGCGUUUGAAUGCACACCCUUCAUAACUACACUCAUCACAACCAGCGCAAUAAGGAGACAAAAUUCUCAGGAAUUUAGAGCCAAAGUGGACAAGGUGUCAGAACCAGAAUCUGAAAGAUGACCACUUCCAGCAGCCCUGUCUACUGCCCUCUCAUCCAGGCCAUGGUGAACGUAAGCAUGCCAUCCAACUCCUCGGCCAGGGUGGGGGCUUUGAGCCUGGUUACGGUGUGUCUCCACGGCCUGGUCUCCGCCUUCAGUAUCCUAGAGAACCUCCUCAUCCUGGGGGUGGUGGGCUUCCGCGUCCGCCGCACAGUCAUCAGUGUUUGGAUCCUCAACCUGGCUGCCUCGGACCUCCUUUCCACAGCCUCCCUCCCCUUCUUCACCAUCUUCCUGGCCCGUGGAAGCACUUGGACCCUGGGUACCACCUUCUGCAAGCUCCACUCCUCCGUCUUCUUCCUCAACAUGUUCGUCAGCGCCUUCCUGCUGGCAGCCAUCUCCCUCGACCGCUGUCUGGUGGUGCUGAAGCCCGUCUGGACCCAGAACCGGAGGAAUGUACGCCUGGUCGGAAGAGUGUGUGGGGUCAUCUGGGCCCUGGCAAUACUCUGUACACUACCGUACUAUCUGUUCCGGGAUACUAUUCGCCGACAUGACGGGCGGGUCAUGUGUUACUAUAACUACGCCCAGUACCUCAAUGUUAGGGACUUUGACCUAAGAGAGCUGUGUGAGGCUCGCCAGGAUGCCCUGGCCUUCUCUAAGCUCCUCCUGGCCUUCAUACUUCCCCUGGUGGUCAUUGUGGGGAGCUACGUGUUGGUGAACAUUGGUAUCACGCGGCGUGGCCGCAGAAGGCGCUCUUUCCGCUUUGUGCGGCUAGUGGUAGCUGUGGUAGUGAGUUUUGUGGUCUGCUGGGCUCCGUACCACAUCUUCAGUGCACUGGAGGCUGUAGCCCACUACCAACCCUCCCUCCGGGGCCUCGUGGCCCACGGCCUACCCCCUGCCGCCAGUCUAUCCUUCCUCAACAGUGUGCUGAACCCCAUCCUCUAUGUGUUCAGCUGCCCGGAUUUGUGUGGUAAGAUCAGACAGUCUCUGGGAGCGGUGCUUGAGAGCGUGCUGGCGGAAGACCUAGGUGAGUUCUCACGGCAACGCAGCACCCAACACUCCUCUAUCGGUGCUUCAUAGCUGCUGAGGGGGAUGAGGUCCCACAACAACGCCCCCUGCCUGAGAGGAGAAGACUCCAGGGCGGAGGAGGAGCUGGAGCCGAAGUGGGAGAAGACACACCCUGCUGACUGAGAGGUCUGUCAAAUUUGGUUCCGGUCCAGGUUCUGCAUCUGUGGGAUACAUAAUGAUCGAUUGAUAUGUCAUAGAAUUUUGAAUCAGUAUCAUGUACAACAUACAGUACUGAGGGACAUAUUUUGUGUGUGUUUGCAACGCUUCUCAUAGUGUGUUUAAUCUACUGAUAUGUAGAGCAAUGUGAACUGUGAAGUAUAGGCUCAGAUGUACUCUAGUAUGCUUUUAUAUUUGCUUGCUGAUUUUUUUUUUUUUACGGUACUCAUUCCGAAUAGGCUAAAUACAUCUGGUAUAUUUUCGAUGGUCUUGUAGUACAGCCUUGACAGACAAUCAGGAGCAUUAAAAUGAUCCACAAAACUGCAUGACGGUCACUCGGUUUCAGCUCUACCAGUGAACUACGAAUAUACUGGCAUCCCGUUAUUCAAACCUCUGCUCUGAAGCUGGACAACCUUUACUGUACUGAUUAAGAGAGAACAGCUGUGAGGAAUGGUUUGAUUCUGUACAUGUGUGUUGGUAUGUAUUUCAGCAGCUGAGGAUGGUAUACUCUUUUCUUUUUUUCUUUUUUUGAAAGAUAUCUAUGAUGAAUAAAUCAUGUAUUUCAAUUGACGUUAAUUACUGCGAAUAGCAAAUGAAAGUAUAAAAAUCAUGACAAGCAAA